AUGUGCGAAUCAAGAGCUCGGUACAUGCGAGAGUACAGGCAGCGUAAGCGCGAGGAAAAGUUGCUAGCUGGAGAAAUAAAGCCUAAAAAGGUUGCACAAUUUUUUGACCACAUUUCUAGGUAUUUAACCCACAACAAGGAUCAAGUGAACUUCAUCUUUGUUCUGAGGAUUGAGUCUUUCGGCGUGUACCUACCAAGAGGCGCAUGUAACUUGGGGAGUGUAGCUGCAGGAAUAUCAUUCAGGACCAGCUCUCCCGAGAACUUGGAGACAGCCGUAGAUAUCCAUCCAGGAACUUAUCCGAUAUCCUCAGUGCUAGAGAGUUCUUCAAGAAACUCGAGCAGUGCUGAUGAGUCGGACUUCUCUGAAGUAGUAACAAGUCCACUCGAGAAACCAGGGACUUGUAUCAAUGCAGCAGAUGAGUCCAAGAAGGCUACGAGCUCGGACCCCGACGACGCUCCUCCGUGCAAAGUUCCUAGGUUGGCAGAGGCGGACGAGACUUCAGGAAAUGUGGAAUCGACCAAUAGACAGCGGAGAGGGCCUUCAGCAGUGCAAUACAAGGAGUCAGAGUCUGAGGAGAGCGUGGACUGCCCGGGUGUGGAGCAGACCGACUAUCCACUGCCGGCCCAAGUCAAGGCGGAGCCGGAGUAUGUGGCUGUGGCCGGUCAGUUCGAGGUGGUCAACCUGCCCAGCGCCGGCCAGUUGGCUGAUGAGGAGCCGCUCAACAAUUCAGUGGAUGCCAUAUCGACGCCGCAGAACCAGUUGUGUCGCCUCUGCGUCAAGAACGAGGGGCUUGUGCCCUUGUUCCAGCGCAGCGGAGCACCGAGAGUCCUCGCGAUCCAGGCCAUGACGGUCACCAGGGUGAAGGUGUCCAGCAAGGACGGACUGCCGGCCAGGAUCUGCCGUCGCUGCGAGGACUUGCUGCAGCAGAGCUUCCACUUCAAGCUGCAGUGCGAGGUGGCAGACGUCACCCUGCGCUCCAAGGUCGCCGCGCGAGCCGUCGCCCCCGAGGCAUUGUCGACUGCGUUCUCUCUACUUACGGACCAGCUGGAUAAGACUUUAAGAAAGCUAAACUGUAUUGUGUCGUCUUUGAAAUAUUUAGAGAGUAAUAGUCGUGACAGAGCCCAUGUGCCGGGUGGGGACACAGCUCCUUUCGAAAGUGUCAAUGUGAAGAUAGAACCCCCCUCGUCCCCAUCCGGUAGUAGUAUCGAGAUCAAGACUGAGAUAGAUUACGAAGAGGAUUUGUCAGAAUUUGAGGGUGACCGGCAGCAGUUAGAGCCAUGUGUAGACUCCACUAGCGGCAGUGAGGAGCAGACAGAUGGUCUGUUGAGCUCCGAGGAGCUGCCACCAGAGAAGACUGAAGUCCCAGGGACACAGCCAGAGAUGCCAGUGAUGCAGACAUCGCAGGAAGAGAGUGGAUCGUCCAGGUUACGAGAGAGACUGCAGCCAAGUGAGCCACCGUCGAGUGCCCAGCUGCCCGGGGAACACGGAACUGUCCGACUGGGACUGCAAGUUAAAGAUUUUGGCAGUUUGCGGUCGCUGUCUACGGGCAACCCACCCAACCUGUCUGCGGAAGUGGGCGGGCGGGUUAUUCCACAGCUAGUGAAGUUAGCGGAUGGAAGCAUGCGUCUUUGCCACGUUUACGUACCCGAUCCAUGCCCGCUCCUAGCACCCGCGGAUGGGCUGCCCCUGGAGUCCCAGAAGUCGGUACCGGCCGAGCUGUCCUGCGUGCAGACACCGCAGGCCGUACAAGCUACUGCGCAAGUCACCACGCAACUCGCAACGAAGGCAGCGCAAGCACAGCGAGAAAGGGGGAAAAAUUCCUUGCAAACAAGUAAACAGAUUGGAGCACCAGAAAAAAACCCACAGAGGGUACAGACAGAGCUAAUUAGUGUUCUGUUGAAAACUCAAACCGAAAUGCAGAUUAGGGAGCCAUUUAAAAAACAGAUAUUAGCACAAGAAAGUGAUCCUUCAAGAACUCAGGCAAUAGCACAAGCAAGUGAUCCUUCGAGAACACAGGCAAUUGAUCACAGGCAUAAGCACAAGAAUACAUGUAAAUGAUCCUUUGAGAACAUAGAAAUUAGCACAAGCAAGUGAUCCUUUGAGAACACAGGCAUUAGCACAAGCAAGUGAUCCUUUGAGAACACAGGCAUUAGCACAAGCAUGUGGUCCAUUGGGAUAGCAGACAUCAAUCACAAUCUAUUGAAUCAACUAAAAUCAAGACCAUGGUGGAAAUAAGUAAACACCAAAUACUUUCUGAAACUAGUAACCUUUUGAAAAUGCAGAUGGUACAAACAAGUGAACCAUUUAACAAUAACUCAGACAAGUGUUAUGUUGAGAAUGCAGACAUCAGCACAAAAAUGCAAACUGUCUAAAAAAUACAGUUGAACAAGUCAAGUGACCCAUUUGUAACCCAAACAUUAUCUGAACCUUGUGAAACAAAAAGGUAAACCCUUGGAACAAACAGAAGAUUUGGUGACGACACGUGCACUAUCAGAAAAUGAACAAUUAUGUAGCUCAUGACUGAUUCCACUAUCGAUCAUGAAUACAGCCUUGAUUGAUUACAUCUCGUGGGAAAGAAAUGCAGCAACAUUAUUGAACAAAAUAUGAUACCAGCUUGCUAAUACCCACUUACACAUUGGUCCAGUGAAGGCCGUCUAAACCACACCAUCAAAGUGAGAUGUGGAUCACCAGUUGACAUCCAUUUAGUUUAAUAAUGGCACAAUUAAGUCUCUUAAUGCCAUGAGUGGCUGGAAAAUACAUAUGAGCCACCUGGAAGUAUUGCCUGUCAACUUUGCUGUUUGGCUCGAAUACUGCCAUUCAGAAUCUACAUAGACAGCUGUGUUAGUGCACCACUGUUUAGCAAUACAGUGCGUAUCUGUAAGUUUACUUAGUUUAGUUUAUUUUUCACUAUAUUUAUAUAUUUCUUUUGGCUUAAUUUUGUUUGCAGGGAAACCUUUUUCUUCAUAUCUUGAGUCUACUGAUAAAUUUGUCACUCAGUUACCAGCGUACCGAAACUACAGAUCUUGGUGUGUGUUUCGCUUCCAUGCCGCUGCACGGCGCCACUGUCGCACAGAGCCUCAACUGUAGCUGUGGCAUGCACCACGCAGAGGACUUCUACGAGAGUGGCGGAGGUCAUGCCCGUGACCCCACUCUCUGUGAUGUACAAGUUGAAGCUGCCCACUGCAGGAGGAACUGAGAAGACUGCGGAGUCGCUCCAUUUUGACAAGUAAGCCGUGAUCGCGUGCACUUGGCAGCCAGGCAUCGUGUAUGGGAACUACGUCAGUAAUUGAAGUUACCGUAUAUACUCGUGUAUAGCGCGCCCUUUUUUCCCCUCAAGUAAAGGAAAAAAAUAAGGAUGCACGCUAUACACGGAAAAAAAAAAUGGGGGGGAAGCGGGGUUGGAGUGGAAGUCGUUAACUGCCGGGUGACCUUUCUGGCCAGCCCCCAAACACGCACAAGCAACAAGGCCUCUCUUUCACACGCGCGCACACACACACACACACACACACACACACACACACACAACCUGGUCUCUCGCACACACACGCUCACAACACACACACACACGUGCGCAGGCAAGCUCGCACAUCAUGGUCUCUUGUUUAUUUUUUGACCUCCCCCCUUUACAGAAAGCCAGCUCAGAAGCUAGUAAAAGAGAGAGAGAGAGAGAGAGAGAGAGAGAGAGAGAGAGAGAGAGAGAGAGAGAGAGAGAGAGAGAGAGAGAGAGAGAGAGAGAGAGAGAGAGAGAGAGAGAAUGUUGUCACCAGUUCCCCCCCCCCUCCCCGGAUCGCUUUCUUCGCUUCCUCCAUUCCUCGCCCCAGAGCGACCGGUGAGUCAUCUAGUUCUCCGUGCCAGCUUAGCAACGUAGCGCGGCAUGCCUCCCUCCCUCACUCCCUCUCACCCACGUACCAGUUGUGACGAUACAGCGCUUCAUUAUCUUCCGUCUACACAGCAGAGUUUAAGUAUUUUCCUGACGCAUCACCACAAAUCAAUUUAAAUAAUCAGGUACCACAAAAUGUUAGUAAAAUUUAUUUAUGGGAAAAAAAAAAUCAAUUUUUUUUCUUUGGAAUUUGUUGCAAAAAUCGUGGUGCGCGCUAUACACGAGGGCGCGCUAUACAUGAGUAAAUACGGUAACUCUUUCGUUUACCAGCCAGCCAUAUUUCCUAGCUGUGACCCGGGCCUGUUGCUAAAGGUGCUCCAAUUCCACCGCAAUAAGACUGUUGCUGGUGUCUCACUUUGUGGAUUGCAGCCAUUUUGACUAUAACGGUGGGCAUUUUUGAACUGGUCUUGCAGAUGUUUGCUUUUGCUGCAAAUUUUUAUAGUUUUGCAAACCACAGCAAUUAACUUGUUCAUUUUAUGGAAGCAGCAUUUGCAAAUCAGUAACCUCAGCAGACAAGGAAAGAACAUGAAAUUGAAUUUAGGAUCGGUACAGAAGUUUGGUUUUUUUAUAUGUGUUUUUUUUACACGAAUCACUUGUAUUAAUUAACAAGUUCUCUAAUUUAAAAUUAUAUUGGUUCAGAAAAUGCUUGCAAGAUAUUUUAUUUUCUUCCAUUUUAUAUAAAAAUAGGAUUUUUCCAGUACAUUUAUUAUGUUUCUGUAUUUGGCAUCAAUUUUUUUUGGACUCCUGAGAGGAGUAAAAUAUUUGUUACUGAAUAUUUUAAUGAUUCAAAUGGGGUAAAAAAUAAGUAUUUGCUGAAGCCUACUUUCAGUUCUGCUAUUUCGUAGGUGCACUGGCCUGGAUGAUAUACAGUAGAACCUCAUUUUUACAUAGCCGGGAUUUACGAAUCCAGUGAUAAAUGUAUUUUCCCUAUAAUAUUAUAAUGAAUAGGUUUCCUGCUUAAUGUGAAAGAAUUUCCCAUAAUUUACGUUUAAAUAGCAAAUCAUCAGAAAAUCUGUAUUUAUUUAUUAUAUACAUUACUGCAUGUCUUAGCCGUCACGGCAGCUUAGUUACUUUGUAAACAACUUUUAUUUUGUGCCACUUGCCACAUUGAACCUAUACAGCCAUGAAAAUUUUUUUGCUAUCUCUCCCCUGUAAAACUUUAAUGAAUUCUGCUUUAAAAUGGUUAUAUACUGGGAUUUUUACACAAAUAAACAAUGGAUCAUUGUGCCAUUGUUAAAAGAAGUGUUAAAUUAACAUACCAAAUUCCUACAAAUAUGGUGUCAUCGUGCAUGUUCAGCAGCGUUUUUGUUUGACCACCUCAAAUAUUUAGGAAUAAGACAGUUGGCAGCACUGAAUUUCAAAAAAUUGUAUUGGAAGCAGCUUUUUACUUUGUUCCUCUGUAAAUUUUAUGAAAGAAAUUCUGUGUAUACAAAAGGAUUAUUUCUGAUGAAAAUUUUGAAAUUACUAAAUGUUAACCACAGCUGUACAGACAAAUAUGAACAGUCCAAAAAUGAAUUGUGUAGAUAAAUCUCACCAUAAAAAUGGAACAUUUUGAGAAGCUUAGACAUAACUCUAGAACAAAGGUGCCACUGUAUAUGUACAUAAAUCGUAUGAAUGAUGUAAGAAUUAUUAAAAAUCUUAAAAAAUGUAACCUCUCAAUAAGACACAUAGUGAUCAAAUUAGGCUUUAGAGUCAAACCUCAUUAAUACGAAUCCGCUUAGUACGAAAUUCCCGUUUAUGCGAAGUACUUUCACAGUCCCAGAAAAGAAGGUAUGCUUUCCUAUGUUAUUCAGUACAAUUAAUACGAAAUACGGUUAAUAUGAAUUACGAAGUUGUUUUGAUCCCUCAAGUAGCUGUUAAUGUGUAUAAGUAAACGGUUAAUACGAAUUUCACAGCCGAAGUCUAAAGUAAAUCACAUCAUAACCGUCAUGUAAACAAACGUGUCUCCAAAGAUAUAUAUGUAUCCUACAGCGCAAAAUGGUCGAAAAACAAGAUGAAAAGUUCAACUCUAGUGGCGAUGUUAGUAACUAAACUAGAAAAGAUGCCAUGUUGUAAACGGAAAACGAAAAGGAAAGUUCUCUAUACCUUAUUAAUCUUAGUCAUCGGAAGUGUACAUGCGUAGAAGUUUAAACAAUCUAUGGAAAAAAGUUCUGAUAUUUUCCAUUGUUCACGCACGUGUGUAUUAACCUCAAUUUUGAGUGUGAGUUGUUUUGUAAUAUGACUACGUAACGUAAAUGCAACGACCUUACAUUGCAAGUUAAAAUUAUUGAGGAAGUAGACAAUGGAUAGAGAAUGAAAACUGAAAUUGUGAGAGAAUUUAACAUCCCGCAAUCAUCGUUGUCGACAAUACUAAAAAAUCGUGAAAAGAUUGAAUCGGCUUUUGCGAGUUCGUGCAAAUUAUGGUAAAUAUUUAGAGUAGCGGUAUUUCCGAAAAAAAAAAAAAUUGCUAAAAAUCUGAAAAUACUUUUAUUAUAUGCUCUUUCGCUUCCUUUUUUCAUUAAAACUGGUGGAGAUAAGAAAUUCCAAAUACUUUAUGAGAUAUAGAAUGUUUUAAUUUUCAUCACAAUACCUGUGUAUUCAUGCGGCACUGACAAGUUUCUUGUUUAGGAGUAUCUAUUAAAAUCUGAAAAAACUUUUAUUAUAUGCUCUUUCACUUCCUCUACUCAUUAAACCCGGCGGAGAUAAGAAAUUCCAAAUACUUUAAGUGUAAGUAUAUAAAAUUUUCUUUAUGGUUGUAAAUAUAGGAAUUUAAAGUUUAAUUAAAUUUUUUUUGUCAUGAUAUCCCAAUAGUUUGGUUAAUACAAACCCUCGUUAUUACAAAGUGCUAAAAUUAUGGUCCCUUCAGGUUUGUAAUAAUGAGGUUUGACUGUACAGAGAAUAAGAAUGCAGAGUCAACUUCAACACACUACAUUUGAGAGAUGUUAAAUUGAAGCAUAUAACAGACAGUAAAAUAUUUUCAGUUGAAUUCUGAUAUAUAACUAGUGAUCUGUAAAAAUGGGUUUCUCUUGUUACCACUUGUUUUUUUUUUGUUUAAACUUUAAAAAAAGUUUGCAUGGUUGGAAAUAUUAAACACAACUGAGAAAUUAAUUUUUUGACAAUGUGCAUGAUUUAUAUAAAUUCAGAUUUUAAAUGUAACACUGUGUAAAUGUACAAACAUUUUAUUUAAUGUUAUUAAAAUAACUAAGUAGAUGUCAAUUCUUUGACCUGAAGUUGUGGCACCCAAAUAAAAAUUAAAUUACAACUCAUGUCGACUUAUGUCUACUUUCUGUACAAUCAAGAGAAAAAAUAUUUUUUAGAUUAAUAAGCAAUUAUAAAAGUUUAGACCUAAUAGUAACAAGCUUAACCAAUUAGUAAAUUAUUUUAGUAGCACUUGCAACCAAUUAAGUUAACUGUGUAUUCUAAAUUCACUAAUUUUAUGUAUUUUUGAAUUUAUUAAUUUUUUUUUGUCUUGUGACCUUUGUGGUGUCUCUUGUGUAUUGUUUUUUUUUGUACUGUGCACACCCCUGUAAUCUCUUCUCAGAGUGUUGGUGUGCAUGUCACAAUUUAUAAAUAAAACACUUUUCUAUUUGUGAUCUUGUAUGUGUUCAAACUGUAAGGGUCAUCUAUGUUAUUAGACUAUUACUGUGAUUUGCAAACUGUAAAAGGCCAUGUAAUUAGUGCUCACAAUUAUGAGGGGUUGUAUGACUAAUGGCCACUACUAGAUAUUUGUUGACAAAUGUGGUAACAUAAGGAAACUAUUGUGGAUAAUGCAUUGGAAUAUUGAUAAAUAAUAUAUAACUGUCAUUUUGUAAAGUGUAAUUUAUUGUGAAUAAAUAGUUUCAAAUUAAUAAA